AUGAACGCAUCAACCAUUAUCUUAGACGGGCACCCUUCAGUAUUCACACCAACAAUACACACUUACGAUGCUGACGUGGAUAAGACACAAAUGCUACCUCCGGUUCCAUGGUGGACUUGCAUGGUGGACAGUACACAAGAGCUUUGUCGAAUCAGUUGGAGCUUAAGCACAAGUAAUACGUGGAGUAUCGAUGUCAUUGUCGCUGACGAGGAUCCCCGUUAUGUGCGUAUGGCACACGAGGAUAAGGAUAUUGCAAAGAUGAUGGCUGGUUUUUCUCGUUCGCAACCACGACAUGUUUCACAAAACGAUCGUAUACAACGUGCAUUGGAUGCAGCCUGCUCAGGAAAGCCUUUACGAGAUCAGCGUAUAUAUUUGCUUCUUAUGAACAAAAAUCCAAGCGACAUGGGAACAUACAUGUACAGGAACGAUGAUGCAUCCGAUCCUCGAGAUAUAAGAGCUACAAUUCUUCUGGCAGCACAAAAGGCAGCAGAGAUCGGUAAUCUACAUGUCGAUGUUCUACGUUUAUGUCAGCACACAUCGACUACGCCAUCCACUAUAUACAAUCAAGAGAUUGCCGAUAAUAUCACUAUCUCCAUCCACGACAUUCCCAAUCAUGAUACAGCACUCAAGAUUGCUAUGCGGCAUUUGGCUCAAUUACAUUAUGGCCUUGAAGUGAUACAAAUAUCCAACAUACCCACAAACCUCACCGACCAAGGCAACAACGACAGCCCUAUGAUGACACAGAAUAUACAAAUGCUCGCCCGCCCUUGUCAACGAAAUUCCAGAACGCAGACUACACACCCAACAUCGUUGUCGAUUUCAGAUCCAAGCUAUCUACAAUCCAACAUGAAGGAGUUUACAUAUUUCAAGCAAAUGAAGAAGAGUGGAAAUGACGUAGGAUGGUGUUCUUGUAUGCACACGAUGAUCCCAGUCAAACCAGGGGAUAAAUCCAAUGAAUUGCUUUUGUCGCCGAUGCAUCAAAAUAGCGUUUUGUAUCUGACAUCUCGACAAGCGGCGUAUGACCCUAUCAGAUCAGAGGAAAGCACACACAUGUUGAGCGUUGAAGGAGGUCGAAUUUUUCUCCAUUGUCUGGAUAAGCUACUCGAUGCUCAAGCGACAAGGGCUGAACAAGAUGCGUUUGAAAUCAAAGAAGUCAAAUUGGAAGGGGUGGAUGUGAAGCCAGCCAUUGAUACUUUGAAAGCGGAGGAAUUCUUUCGAAUGAUGAUCGAGCCGGUUUCUUUUGAAGAUGUACACCAGGCUUCCAAAGUUCACAGCUAUGAUCCUCUCAAGUACAAUUCUCGGUGGUUACUUGUCCCACUCAAACCAGAGCCAACCACAACGGAUUAUGUGGAGCGCAUUACCAGAUGGUAUUCUUGUUUCCGAAGUUGCAUGGGCACAGAUCGAUUCCCUUCCACCCCAGGUCCUGAAAGAUCGAUUGAAGAUAUCGCAUUCGAAAUGACAGUUGGUUCUCCUUUGCAAACAGGCUUUGGUGUGCUAUCGGAUCUCACGGUGGAGCUGGAAAAUCACUUGGUGAAGCUUAUGGAUAUCUUAUUGCAAGACAACGUGCGAGAACAAGAUAUGGCACUUUCAGCAGCUAGGGCGGCAAUAGAAUACCUUGAUAAUGUCCUGGUAGGGAAAAGGUUGAAGAUUCUGAAACGUCCCAUUCUCUCGCGACAAGAUACUCAAGUUUUGGCGAGAAGACUAUUUGUGGCAUUAUACCUUGUCGGGAAGCGGUUUGCGACUAUCUCUGAUUCUCACAACAUGGUAUGCACAUCGAUCAAAUCAAUGCUUGCAAAUCGGGUGACUGGACCUCCCACAGCGAGUGAGCAUAUGGUUAAGGAAGAAGAGGAUACCCAAGAAAGCAAAGGAGGUUUCAGUGCUGUGGAUGCGGCAUGGCAGCAGGCUACCCAGUUUCAGGAUAUGACAUUUCGAGAACGACAAGACGCUGUUGUAUCUACAGGGCCAAGGGGGAGAUCACCAAAUUUUCGUGGGCGCGGUAGAGGUGGCAACGUGAGGAAGAUCAGCCACAAUCCUCAGUUUAGAGUUCGACGUUAUCCUGAUCCAUCCAUUAUGGUGCCGCAUUUGGAAUGGACUCCACCUACACUUGAAGAAAAAAGGGCAGCAGAUAAGAAGAGACAAGAACGACUUGGUGCUCCUGGAAUGCUUCUAUCUGCUUAUUGGUCCGCUGAAAAGGCACUCAAGGUUGGCAGCAAAGAAUUAAGUGAUGCAUAUGACGGCAAAGCACUCAUACACAAGAACAACCAAUGGAGACGUGUUCAAAAAGAAGCGGAUGGCCGUAUGCCCAAGAGUAGUUAA